AGUAUGUCAUUUUUUGGUAUUAUUCAACCACGGCAAAAAGUUGUUAACAAUAUUCCAGCUUGUAAUAGUUUUACAAGCUUAUUAUAUAUAUAAAUUUUCGAUAGAAUACGAAUAAUAGUUAGUUAAUUUAUACUUAUGGUAAGUUUUUAAAGUUUUCUAGAGACUCCUUAUGUAAUAGUUUGCUUUCGGCUGAGCGAUAUUGUGCCUCCUUAUGAAAAUUGAACCCCGCCUUCCUGAGUAAUUGAAUUUAGUAUAAAGAUGCUUUAACUUAAAUUUCCGGCUAUAGUAGUUGUCAACUACUCUCCAAUAUUUAUUCGUGUUUACUGCGAGAUGCACUCCCAACUUUUUUUAGCAUUCGCAAGACUUAAUUUCUCUUUGAUAGUUUGGGAGUUUGUGGACUGAAGACUUUGAGGGCGUUUGUUAAAAUAUCCAUGAGCAGCGAACCUAACACUAAAAUGCCAAGGUUUUAAGUUAAUAAUAUAAUAACCACGUUUAAAAAGUAUUAGUUCAGGUCGAAUAUACUCGUAUGGUUAAUUAAGUUUAUUAUGGCAUUAAAAUCCCCAAGAUAAAAUUCCCUAGAUAUUUAGACAAAACGAAACCCGCUGUGUAUACAACAGGUGUGCACAUGAACACCUCUUUUUUUUAAAAACACAUGCCGCUAGUCAUUUAGUACACGUGGCUUGAGUCUUACAAAAGAAACGUUUCAAGUUGCAGACCAGCAUGGAAUAUUAUAGUCGUUUUGCACUCUAUUUUCUCUUCGCGUCAUGUACGAUAGCAACGGCCAUAAAACAAGAUCCAAAAGGCUAUAUAUUAUACUGUCCGUGCAUGGGCCGUUUCGGAAAUCAAAUGGAUCAUUUCCUAGGUAGUUUUGGCUUCGCUAAAAAUCUUGAUAGAACCCUAGUCGUUCCUCCGUGGAUUGAAUAUAGAUCUGGAACAUCAAACACGAAACACGUGCCAUUUACGAAAUAUUUCAAACUUGAAGCGUUACAAUCAUACCACCGUAUUAUUGAUAUGGAAACGUUUAUGAAAGAAUUGGCCCCAAAACUUUGGCCUGAGAAAGAGCGAUCAGUACUUUGUUAUAUGGCGAGAAAUGGACCCGAAAAAGACUCUUGUAAUGCUAAAGACGGAAGUCCAUUUGGUCCUUUCUGGGACAAUUUCAACAUCAAUUUUGUUAAAUCUGAAUUUUAUGGACCAGAUCUUUACUUUGCUAGCGAAAAUAAUUACGAUAAGAAAAAAUGGUUAGAAAGAUUUUCAUAUAAGAAAUAUCCAGUAAUGGCAUUUACCGGGGCACCAGCUCAAUUUCCUGUCGUUAAACAUUAUAUACCCAUUCAAAAAUACGUGGAAUUUUCUGAUGAGAUAAGUAAGCUGGCGAAAGAAUUCAUAAAUAAAUACUUGGAAAAGCCUUAUAUCGGCGUUCAUCUGAGGAAUGAUAUUGACUUUAAAAAUGCCUGCGAGCACGUUGAAGAAGGUGGAAGUAACUUUUUCAGUUCUGCACAAUGUUUGGGCUAUGAUCAACAGCAUGGUAAAAUAUCAAAGGAACUAUGCUUUCCGAGCAAAAAAACAAUUUUGAAACAAGUCGAAGAAGCCGUUAAGAAGACCAAAGCGAAAUCUUUGUUCGUGGCAGCUGAUAAAGAUCACAUGAUUAACGAAUUUAGAAAACAUUUAAAACAAUAUAAAGUAAACGUUGUUAAAUAUACAUCAAACUAUCCUCAAGUUGAUCUCGCCAUUUUGAGCUCAUCCGAUCUCUAUAUUGCUAAUUGCGUAUCAUCAUUUUCCGCCUUUACCGUCCGCCAUAGAAGCGUAAGAAAUUUACCAACACAGUUCUGGGCUUUUUCUAAAUCACCAUCUCAUGACGAGUUAUGA